GUCUUUGACAUUGUCUAAACUUAGAAUGUAAUAGAUUUAAAUGCCGGUUGGGGAUGUGCAAGUAUUAAUGUCAUUUUUUGAAUAAAAAUAGCCGCAUAGCCCUACAGUAGCAAAAAAAAUUCGCCCCGCUACACUAGGGGAAAAAAUUUCACCCCGCUACACUAACAAAAAAAAAAUCACCCCCUACACUAACAAAAAAUUUCGCCCCCCUUGACUCAAAAUCCUGGAUCCGUCCCUGACCCCAGCCACCACACCCCGCCCCUAAUCCAUGGAAGACUGCAACCUCCUCAUCCUGCCUAACCACCGCACACCACCGCCCCUCCCUGGCGACGAUCGUCGUCGCCCAGGCAGUCCCUUCCCCAACGCCCAGCCCUCGCACGACCAUAGCCCCUGUGGCCCUGUAUCUCCUCCAGCCCCAACACAACACCGGAAAACCCUAGCACCACGCCGCUCUGUAGCCGAAUUGCCCAGCCACACUCGAUUUCAAACCCUGGCUGUCGGACAAGCCAUUGUCGACCACUGCAGCCCUGUCUUCAUCGAUUACCGAUGGUUCAGCCAGAAGAGAAGAAUAGUGGAAAGGAAGCUUCUUGGGACGUUGGUGGCGGAGGCGGUGUAAUGGGGCGGAGAUGGUGGUGACGGGCAUGGCAGAAUCGCAGCAGGGGAUCGAUCGAUCGAAGGAUUUGGGUCCUUUUUUAUCGAUCAAUAAGGAUUGGUCGCAUCAGGGUGUUUUAGCCCAUUUAGUAAUGUUGAGCCUUAUUUUUGUCCAAAUUAAAAACUAGUCC